AUGGCUUUCUUCAACGAGCAGCAGCAGCAGGUUCUCUUGGAGACGGGCUCGUUCACAGGCUUUCGUCCGCUACAAGAGCUUGGUGCGAACUAUUUCACCGUCAGCCCAUUCAAACAACCUCUGUGCGGAAACCCAGAAGGAUGGGGCCCCAUGAGUCCGCAUCGCUAUGAUUUCACACCUUGCUUUAUCGAUGUCUGGAUUGCUUCUGUGUCUGUGUUCGGUCUUUUGUUCGGAUCGCUCGCUGUUUGGUGGUUGCUCGCCAAGAAGCCCAAGCAGGAGGGACAGACCAAGAACGCGCACUUCUACAUUAAACAGUCCCUUCUCGCAAUCAUCAUCCUCGACGUCAUUGCCCAGUUCAUUGUCCAGAUUAUUUACAUGCCUCACAUCUGGUAUGGCGACUUCCGAGUGUUGACCACUUUCCUGACUAUCCUGUCGCUAUUCGUCAUCUUUUCUGUGCAAUGGGUCGAACAUUCGCGCAUUCGAUAUCCCAGCGGCAUCGCUCUCUUCUACUGGCUCUUCCUCCUAAUAUCCUACGGCGUAAAGCUACGAUCUCUUAUCUCGCAGCAAAUCUACGAGUCCAACCUACCAUACUUCAUCAUCUACUGCGUCGGAGUCGGACUGUCCGUCGCUGAAUUUCUUAUCGAGUGGCUAUGGCCUAGAAGCAAUGGCCCUAGUGGAUAUGAAGCCAUUCAAGAGGAGGAGGAAUGCCCUGUAGAGUAUGCCAACGCCUUCUCCCAGCUCGCAUUUUCUUGGAUGACACCAAUGAUGCGAUAUGGUUACAAGGUGUAUUUGACUGAGGAAGACCUCUGGGCUCUUGCCAAGGACGAUAAGACAAAAACCACUGGCGCUCGCUUCGACGAAGCCUGGAGGUAUGAAUUAGAAAACCACAAGAAACCUUCGUUGUGGAGAGUUUUGUUCAAGGCGUAUGGCGGACCCUACUGUGUUGCUGCAAUCUUCAAGUUCUUCAACGAUAUUGCUCAAUACAUUCAGCCUCAACUGCUCCGCCUGCUCAUCUCGUUUGUGGAUUCGUAUGGCGAGGGCAAGACCCCGCAGCCCAUCAUCAAGGGUGCUGCUAUUGCUCUGGCCAUGUUCUCCUGUGCAGUUUUGCAAACAACUAUGGUGCACCAGUAUUUCCAGCUCGCUUUUGUGACUGGCAUGCGUAUCAAGGGCGGUCUCUCCUCAGCCAUCUACCGCAAGUCUCUUCGACUGUCGAGCGAGGGUAGAGCCGCAAAAUCCACUGGCGAUAUCGUCAACUAUAUGGCUGUCGAUGGCCAACGUUUGCAGGAUCUUACCCAAUUCGCACAACAACUCUGGUCUGCGCCGUUCCAGAUCAUCAUUUGCAUGGUAUCCUUGUACAACCUGGUUGGCUGGUCCAUGAUGGCGGGUAUUGUUGUCAUGAUUGUCAUGAUGCCGAUCCAAGGCUUUGUAGCUCGCAUCAUGAAGAACAUGCAAAAGGAACAGAUGAAGAACAAGGAUUCCAGGAGCCGUCUGAUCAACGAGAUUAUCAACAACAUGAAGAGCAUCAAGCUUUAUGCCUGGGGAUCUGCCUUUAUGAACAAGCUCAACUUUGUCCGAAAUGAGAAGGAGCUCAAGAAUUUGCGAAAGAUUGGCGCCACACAAGCUUUUGCCAAUUUCACUUGGACUACAGCGCCUUUCUUCGUGUCCUGCUCAACCUUUACCGUCUUCGUUCUGACUCAGGACAAGCCCCUGACCACUGACAUCGUGUUCCCUGCGCUGGCCUUGUUCAAUCUCCUGACCUUCCCACUUGCUAUCCUCCCCAUGGUUAUCACAUCCAUUGUCGAAGCCUCUGUUGCCAUUGGACGACUGACAAGCUUCCUCACCGCCGAGGAGCUCCAGCCCAAUGCAAUCACAAUCAAGCCUGCCCCUGAGCAACUUGGUGAAGAGAGUAUUAUCAUCCGUGAUGGUACAUUUUCAUGGAACCGCCAUGAGAACAAGUCCACUCUCACUGAUAUUGAAUACACUGCUUACAAGGGCGAGCUUUCUUGUGUUGUCGGUCGUGUUGGUUCCGGAAAGUCCUCUUUUCUGCAGAGUAUUCUUGGCGAUCUAUGGAAGGUGAAGGGCAAUGUCGAGGUGCGAGGAACUGUCGCAUAUGCAUCCCAGCAAACCUGGAUUCUCAACGCUACUGUUAAGGAGAACAUCAUUUUCGGUUACAAGUACGAUGCCGAGUUCUACGAGAAGACUGUACAUGCAUGCGCGCUGGUCGAUGACUUUGCCCAGCUUCCAGAUGGAGAUGAGACCGUUGUUGGUGAAAGAGGUAUUUCCUUGAGUGGCGGCCAGAAGGCUCGUGUCUCCCUAGCUCGCGCCGUCUAUGCUCGUGCCGAUAUUUACCUUCUCGACGACGUUCUCUCUGCUGUUGAUUCUCAUGUUGGCCGUCACAUCAUCGACAAUGUCCUGGGAACCCGUGGUCUACUGGCCUCGAAGACUCGAAUUCUUGCCACCAACGCCAUCGCUGUCCUUCGUCAGGCUAGUUACGUGAGUCUGAUCAAGGACGGACGGAUUAUCGAGCGAGGAACGUAUAAAGAGCUGGUUGCUCAGAAGGGUCCUGUCGCUGAGCUUCUCAAGACUGCCGGACAAGAGUCUGGCAGUGCCAGCAGUGAGCCCAGCUCCAGUGCCUCAAGCAGUAAAGCCGCUACAAUCAUCGAACCAGACGUUGGUCAGGCCAAGGAAGAGCUUGAAGAGGCUCAGGAACAAGUCCCAGAGAUGGCCCCUAUCAAGACUGGUGCUAGUGCUAAGCCUCGCUCAAGCAGCAUGGCAACUCUUCGUCGUGCCAGCACUGCUAGUUUCAGGGGUCCUCGAGGCAAGCUCACAGAUGAGGAAAUCGCAGGUUCCAAGACCAAGCAGAGCAAGGAGCACCUGGAGCAAGGCAAGGUCAAGUGGUCAGUCUAUGGUGAAUACGCCAAGAUGAACAACAUCUAUGCUGUUGCUCUUUACUUGUUUAUGCUACUCGCUUCGCAAACUGCCAACAUUGGUGGCUCGGUUUGGCUCAAGGAGUGGUCUGAGCGAAACCAAAAGUCCAACUCAAACGAUCACGUCGGCAAGUACAUCGGCAUCUACUUUGCAUUUGGUAUCGGAGCCUCCGCCCUCACUGUUAUUCAAACCCUGAUUCUCUGGAUUUUCUGCUCCAUUGAGGCGUCUCGAAAGCUUCACGAGCGCAUGGCCAACGCCAUCUUCCGCUCUCCCAUGUCCUUCUUCGAUACAACACCAGCUGGAAGAAUCCUUAAUCGAUUCUCUAGCGACAUCUACCGUGUCGACGAAGUCCUGGCCAGGACCUUCAAUAUGCUUUUUGUCAAUGCCGCUCGAUCAGGAUUCACAUUGAUUGUCAUCUCGGUCGCGACACCAGCUUUCAUCGCUUUAAUCAUCCCUCUCGCUCUGACGUACUAUUUUAUCCAGAGAUACUACCUAAGGACAUCCCGUGAGCUCAAGCGACUUGAUAGUGUCAGCCGCAGCCCAAUCUAUGCACACUUCCAGGAAUCGCUUGGUGGUAUUUCAACCAUUCGGGCAUACCGACAGCAGCAGCGAUUUGAGCUGGAGAACGAAUGGCGUGUUGACGCUAACCUCCGUGCUUACUUCCCUUCCAUCAGUGCCAAUCGCUGGCUCGCCGUCCGCCUCGAGUUCAUCGGCGCUAUCGUCAUUCUAGCUGCUGCUGGCUUUUCCAUCAUGUCCGUCACUGGCAGCAGGCACCUCAGCCCCGGUAUUGUUGGUCUUGCCAUGUCAUAUGCUCUGCAGAUUACGACUUCACUCAACUGGAUCGUCCGCCAAACUGUAGAGGUCGAGACUAAUAUUGUAUCGGUGGAACGUGUCCUUGAAUAUGCAGCCCUACCCAGCGAGGCACCCGAGAUUAUUACCAAGAACCGACCCCCUGUCUCGUGGCCUGCCAAGGGCGAGGUUGAUUUUGUCAACUAUAGCACACGUUAUCGCGAGGGCCUGGAUUUGGUGCUCAAAAAUAUAAGCCUCGACAUCAAGUCGCACGAGAAGAUCGGCGUCGUUGGUCGCACUGGGGCGGGCAAGUCAUCGCUCACACUCGCCUUGUUCCGUCUCAUCGAACCGGCAACAGGCCACAUCGGCAUUGAUAAUGUCGAUACAUCUGCCAUUGGUUUGCUCGAUCUACGCCGAAGACUGGCCAUUAUUCCGCAAGACGCAGCACUAUUCGAAGGCACUGUCCGGGAUAAUCUUGACCCUGGACACGUCCAUGACGACACUGAGCUUUGGAGUGUAUUGGAGCACGCGCGACUCAAGGAUCACGUUUCAAGCAUGGAUGGUGGGCUGGAGGCCAAGAUUAACGAAGGAGGCUCCAACCUUUCUCAAGGCCAAAGACAACUGGUCUCGCUAGCUCGCGCAAUGCUUACCCCGUCCAACAUCCUUGUUCUGGACGAGGCUACUGCUGCCGUCGAUGUUGAGACGGAUGCAAUGCUGCAGAGCACCCUCCGAUCACCCCUGUUCGCAAACCGCACCAUCAUCACUGUAGCCCAUCGCCUCAAUACCAUCCUCGACAGCGACCGUGUGGUGGUGCUCGAUAAGGGCGAGGUGGUUGAGUUUGAUAGUCCAGCUGAGCUUUUCAAAAAGCAAGGCGUUUUCUAUGGACUCAUGAAACAGGCUGGCUUGGAACUAGAAUAG